ACAGAGUAUUUCAUCAUUUGUUGUUUAGUAACACAAUUCAGUUUCUGGUAAAAAGACGAAAAUGGACAUGGACGAACUGAAAAUUCUCGCCGCCGAGCAACGCUGUGAACUCACGGCGGCGCGUCAAGUCGACUCCGACUUCGAUUUCGCUUUUCAACUUCAACUACAAGAAGCUAUUGCCGUUUCUCUCUCUCUACAACCUUCUACUUCCACCGCACCACCCACCCCAUCACCACAACCCACCCUACCCCAACCGGACGACGGAAUUUUGAAGUUCGCCGAUGUGCAAUCAUCGGAGUUACUUCAGCUGGAGCGAGAAAUCGAUGAUCGGAAAUUUAGUGAAUUGGAGUUCAGGAAAAUGCGCGAUGAUCUUCAGCGUAGAAUUCAUGAUCAUCAUGUUGCUCAGGAGAUUCUUCGUAUGCCGGAGGAUGAAUGGCAGAACAACGGAGACAAUUUUGAACUUCCUUUCGGGGAAGGAACUUCGAAAAGUGAGGAGAAAGAGCCAUUUAGGGUUUAUUUCAAGGGUUUAGUAGAAGAUUUUGAAGCAAAAGCGUUUUUUGGUGGGAUUGGAGUUGCGAUAUGUGAUUCGCGAGAUGAAUUGUUGUUCGAAAUGAGGAAACCGUUUUAUGGAAGUGCGAUGAGUCGCCAAUGUAUUGAGUUUAAGGCACUUAUUGAAGGAUUGAAUGCUGCUAUGGCUUUGGAUUUGAAAAGGGUCGUUUUCUUUUGUGAUUACUUCCCCAUAUUCCAAUUUGUUACAGGCCGAUGGUCGGCCAAACAGCGGAAGGUUGCUGCUCUACGGAAUCAAGUGGCUUUGCUCCAAAAAAAGUUUUCAUUUUGCCAGCCUUCUCUUGUGGCUCGAAAUGAAAUUAAGUUUGCAUUUAAAUUAGCAAGAGAGGCAAUGACUACUCAGAUUAAGAAAGUUGCAGAGUCAGCUGCUUCAGUGAAUGUGUAUGAAACUUGUGCUAUUUGUUUUGAAGACACUAAUAUUGGUCAGAUUUUCUCGGUUGAUGAUUGUAGGCACCGUUAUUGUGUCUCCUGUAUGAAACAACACGUUGAAGUGAAGCUGCUUCAUGGUAUAGUGCCUAAGUGUCCUCAUGCAGAUUGCAAUUCAGAUUUGAAACUGGACAGCUGCAGCAACUUUUUGACACCUAAGUUAAUUGAUAUUAUGAAGCAACGUAUCGAGGAAGCUUCUAUCCCUGUAACUGAAAAAGUUUACUGCCCUUACCCGAAAUGCUCAGCUCUGACGUCAAAAUCUGAAGUUUUAGAAUAUACUAAGGGUUCCUUUUUGGGAGCUGAAAGACUUGGAAUUAGGAAAUGUACAAAAUGCAAUGGCCUGUUUUGUGUCAAUUGCAAAGUUCCUUGGCACUACGGUAUCUCAUGCAAUGAGUACAGAAGGAGAAAUCCUAAUCCUCCAGAAGAUGUUAAGUUGAAAACUCUGGCUGCAACGAAUUUGUGGCGCCAAUGUGUAAAGUGCAACCACAUGAUUGAACUUGCGGCAGGGUGCUACCAUAUGACUUGCAGAUGUGGAUAUGAAUUUUGUUAUACAUGCGGGGCACCGUGGAAGGACAAGAAAGCAACUUGCUCAUGCAAGCUUUGGGAUGAAGACUACAUUUUAGAUUCUGAUGAUGAGGUGGAUGACGAUGAGGAUUAUGAUUAUGAUACCGAUUUUGAUGACUAUUAUGAACUUUUGUAGUAGUGUCUUAAUGCCAUGUUUUAUCAUUCUUUAUAUUGAUACUUUACUAUCUGGAAUAUUUAGUUAAUUUUGGGAUUUUGCCGGAAAAAUUAGCACAGUUUGUUGCAGUAUGUGACUCUGUCUUGGUUACGUCAUCAGUAAACAUUGCCUCCUUUUUGUUAUAUAUUUUUGUGAA